GUACACGAGAUUUGUAAGUUGGGAUUUAGAUAGAGAGAGAAAGGGUAGAAAGAUAGAGAGAGAAAGUGAAGCUCUAAAAACUCGCAUGCCCUUCUUCUCUCUCUCUCCUCCUCCAUUUCUCAAUCUAAGUGUUUUCUCUUCAUUUUUGCUUCCAAAAAAAAAAACAGUGGUAAAAAAAAAUCAAUUGAAAACCCCCACUAAUUUGUCUGAAUUAAAGAGAGAAUUUUUUAUCUGGGAAAGUUUCAAUUAUUUCUUCUUCCAUUGAAGUUGAGAAGUUUCAACAAAUUCUGGUGCCCAGAAAUUGAUUUUGUUAUAUCUUCUCAGUUGUCUGGUGUGUAUUCUCUGGAAAAACUCUACUUUCUGUAAUUAAUUUUUACUGUAUCAAUUGAUUUCUGAUUGACUGUUUCUGGGUAAUUUGUUGAAUGUUGUAAUAUUUAAUUUUGUUGGUAAUUUUGUAUGAGAUCUGAAAUGAAGUGGGCAGUCGUUGAAUUGGAAACAUGUGAUUGAAAUCAAGGGAUUUGAAGUAUUUUAUAUAGAAAUGAAGUGGUGGGCAUUUGUUUGUAAUUUAGGGUUUUUGACUCUGCUGGAGAUUUGAAAUUUGGGGUUUUGCAAAUUUGAGGGAAUUUUUGGAAAAAGUUGAGAUUUUUAGGGAUUAUAUGACAAAUACUGAACUGGGUAUGGGAGGAGGGGUAGUGUGGAAUGAGGAAGAUAAGGCUAUGAUCGCCUCAAUAUUGGGUACUCGUGCAUUUGACUACUUGAUAUCAAGCCCAUUUACUGCUGAGACUUCAUUGGUUAGUUUUGAGAACAAUGAGAACAUUCAGAAUAAGUUGUCUGAUCUUGUUGAGAGGCCAAAUGCCUCAAAUUUUAGCUGGAAUUAUGGGUUCUUCUGGCAGAUUUCGAGGGCGAAAUCAGGGGAGGUGGUUUUGAGUUGGGGGGAUGGUUAUUGUAGGGAGCCUAGGGAAGGGGAAGAAUCGGAGGCGACUCGGAUUCUCAAUUUCCGGCUUGAGGAUGAAUCACAUCAGAAGAUUAGGAAAAGGGUACUUCAGAAGUUGAAUACAUUGUUUGGAGGCUCUGAUGAUGAUAACUUGGCUUGUAGGCUGGAUAGGGUUACUGAUAUGGAGAUGUUUUUCUUGGUGUCUAUGUAUUUCUCGUUUCCGAGGGGUGAAGGUGGACCUGGGAGUUGUUUUGUUUCCGGGAAGCAUGUGUGGGAGUCGGAUUUGUUGAGGUCGAAAUCUGAUUAUUGUGUUCGAUCAUUCCUUGCUAAGUCUGCUGGCAUUCAGACUGUCAUCUUGAUUCCUACUGAGUUUGGAGUUGUGGAAUUAGGUUCAGUGAGAGCCAUUGGGGAGAACCACGAUGUAUUGAAGGCGUUGAAGUUUGCAUUUGCAUCCCCUCCCGUGGUUCGACCUAAACCAACUCCAGUUUUCCCUGUGGUUGUUCAUAAGAUAGAGGAAGAAGAUGCUCCUGCUCUUACUCCCUCUCCUGCUCCUGCUCCAGCCCCUGUUCGUUCCCCUGCCCCAGCCCCUGCUCGAUCUCCUACCCCUGCUCCGGCACCAGCUCCUGCUGCUGUUCCUGCUUCUGUUCCUACUACUGCCCCUGUACCUGUAUCUGGUCCUUUUUCGAAUGUGAGGCUUGUUGAUCGCGGGUUAGAUGGGGUUCCAAAGAUCUUUGGGCAGAAUCUAAACACUGCAUCCCGUCCCCCCUUCAGGGAGAAACUUGCUGUUAAAAGGAUGGAAGAUAGGCAUUGGGAUCCCUAUGCAAAUGGGAAUAAGCUUUCAUUUGCAGGACAAAGUCCCAGAAAUGGUCUUCAUGGUAGCAAUUGGGCCAACAUUCCAGGUGUGAAACAUGCGACUACAACAGAGCUAUAUAGCCCUCAGAACACAAGGCUUCAAGAGUAUGUGAAUGGGAUACGAAGUGAAUAUCGGCUUAAUCAGUUCCACCAACAAAAGCCAGUUCAAAUGGAAAUUGAUUUUUCCGGGGCAACGUCUAGGCCCACAGUGAUUUCUCAGCCAGGUAGUGCUGAGUCUGAGCAUUCAGAUGCUGAAGUGUCUGGCAGAGAUGACAGGGCAGGUCCUUCCGAUGAUAGAAAGCCUCGUAAAAGAGGGCGUAAGCCUGCUAAUGGCAGAGAAGAGCCACUUAAUCACGUUGAGGCAGAAAGACAAAGGAGAGAGAAGCUAAAUCAGCGGUUCUAUGCAUUGCGAGCUGUUGUCCCCAACAUAUCCAAGAUGGAUAAAGCCUCUUUGCUUGGAGAUGCUAUAUCUUAUAUCACCGAGUUGCAGAAGAAGCUUAAAGACAUGGAAGCAGACAGAGAGAAGCAUAAUAGCACUUCAAAAGAUACAACAUCUGGUACAGAAGCCAACUCUGUUGCAGAUACACAAGUACAAGCUCCUGAUGUAGAAGUUCAGGCUAUGCAAGAUGAGGUUGUUGUAAGAGUUAGUUGUCCGUUGGAUUCACAUCCUGUGGCUAGAGUUAUCCGGGCAUUCAAAGACUCCGAGAUCAAUAUUGUCGAUUCAAAACUUGCUGCAGGUACAGAUACUGUGUUUCAUACGUUCGUUAUAAAGUCUCAGAGUUCUGAACAACUGACCAAGGAAAAAUUGUUGUCAGCAUUUUCGCAUGAAUCAAAGCCUUUGCAAGCUCCGUCAUCAACUGGUGGAUAGGAGCUUGUAGUUUCUAUUAAUUAGUAGGGUGUAAUUGGAUAGUAAUGUAGAAAAAAGAACCCAUUCUAUGACUUGUGCAGAGGUUUUGAUUUUGCAGCAAGGAGGAGUUAAAAAGAGGAAUAGGUGGUGCAAACAAUGUCCCAUUAGAAGUAGAAUAACAGCCAAUUGACAACAAUAGUCUUUGCAAAAUUGUUUUUGUUCUGUUCAUAGUUAUACAUAUUUUGUCAUAUGGAAGUAUUCUAGCAAGUUGAAUUGAAUGUGUACCUUCACUAUCUUCCUAAGAAGUUCAUUAAGUUUUGUUUCUCA